UUAGAUGAGUAAACAAUGACAGUUGACUUUGGAGUCUGGUAGUUAUUGAAUAUUUCUAUCUGCACUGCACUGCCAGCCAUCCAAAAACAGAAGUAUUAUCCAUUCAUGUGAGUCUUUGCUCCUGAAUUGCAAUUACUAUUAUCCUUCAAUCUAUAUAGCAAUAUGGCUGCAACUGUGGUGGGAGGCGCAUUUCUCUCGGCUACAAUUCAAAUCAUAGCAGACAGACUUACCUCCUCGGAGUUUCGUGUUUUCAUCAGAAACACCAAGUUCAAUUACUCACUACUGGAAGAGUUGAAAACAACACUAUCAGCUCUUCAAGCUGUGCUGGCUGAUGCAGAACAGAAGCAGUUUAAGGAUCUUCAUGUUAAACAAUGGGUUGAAGACUUGAAAGAUGCAUUAUUUGAUGCUGAAGAUUUGCUCAACUUAAUCAGCUACGAUGCCCUGCGAUGCAAGGUGGAGAACACACCAGUUGAUCAGCUGAAGUACUUGCCUUCAAAAUCUAUAAAUAUCAAUUCAAAGAUGGAGAAGAUGUGUAAAAGGCUGCAAACUUUUGUCCAGCUGAAAAACAUCCUUGGCUUGCAGAGAACUGUAAGUGGUAGAGAUUCUCAUAGAACGCCUUCGUGUUCAGUGGUAAACGAAUCUGUUGUUGUAGGUAGGAAGGAUGAUAAGAAUACACUCAUCAAUAUGCUGGUAUCAGACUGUGGCACAAGCAGAAAUAAUAACUUAGGUGUUGUUGCCAUUUUGGGUAUGGGAGGUGUCGGUAAAACUACUCUUGCACAACUUGUUUACAAUGAUGAAAAAGUUCAACAACAUUUUGAUUUCAAAGCUUGGGUUUGUGUAUCCGAGGACUUCGAUGUUGUGAGAGUAACCAAGUCUCUCCUUGAAUCUGUUGUUAGAAAUACAACAUCUGCUGCUUCAAAGGUCUGGGAAAGUGAUAAUCUUGAUAUUCUUCGAGUUGAAUUAAAGAAAAACUUGAGGGAGAAAAGAUUUUUGUUUGUGUUGGAUGAUCUAUGGAAUGACAAUUACAAUGAUUGGGAUGAGCUGGUAAGUCCGCUCAUUGAUGGAAAACCUGGAAGUUCGGUAAUUAUAACAACACGUCAACAAAAAGUUGCAGCGAUGGCACACACAUUUCCAAUUCAUAAAUUAGACCCUCUGUCACAAGAAGAAUGUUGGUCUUUACUAUCGAAGCAUGCAUUGGGAAGUGAUGAGUUUCACGAUAGUAAGAACACAGCCCUUGAAGAAAUUGGCAGGAAGAUUGCAAGAAAGUGUGGUGGAUUGCCAAUAGCGGCUAAAACACUAGGAGGUCUUCUACGUUCAAGGGUAGAUAAAAGGGAGUGGACUGCAAUUUUAAACAACAAUGUAUGGAAUUUACCAAAUGAUAAUAUUAUGCCUGCUUUGCAUUUGAGUUAUCAUUAUCUUCCCUCUCAUUUGAAAAGAUGUUUUGCAUAUUGUUCAAUUUUUCCGAAGGACUAUCCACUUGAUAGGAAGAAAAUGGUUUUGUUGUGGAUGGCAGAAGGCUUCCUUGAUUGUUCUCAAGGGGGAAAAUCAGCGGAGGAAUUAGGUGAUGAUUGUUUUGCUGAAUUGUUAUCUAGAUCGCUAAUUCAACAAUCAAAUGAUGAUGCUCGUGGAAAAAUGUUUUUCAUGCAUGAACUUAUCAACGAUUUAGCUACAGUUGUAUCUGGAAAAAGUUGUUCUAGGUUUGGAAGUGGCGACAUCUCUGAAAAGGUUCGUUAUUUGUCAUAUAAUCAAGAAGGGUAUGACACUCUCACAAAGUUCCCUACCCAUUUCAAAUGCUUGAGAAGCUUCUUACCCAUUUACUAUUGGAGCUUACAAAUUUACUUAUCCAUGAAGGUGGUUGAUGAUUUGCUACCAUCACUCGAAUGGUUGCGUGUGUUAUCUCUAUCAGAGUAUACAAACAUCACCAAACUACCGGAUUCUGUUGGCAAUUUGAAGCAGUUGCGGUAUCUAGACCUCUCCUCCACUAAAAUACAAAGCUUGCCAGAUACAGUAUGUAAACUUUACAAUUUGCAAAGCUUGAUUUUAUUAGGUUGCGUGUGUCUCACUGAAUUGCCAGUUCAUAUGGGAAAUUUAAUCAGUUUACGUCAUCUUGAUAUAAGUGGAACAGAUAUAAAGGAAUUGCCAAAAGAAAUUUGUGGACUAGAAAACCUUCAAACUUUAACCGUUUUUGUAGUGGGGAAGCAACAAGUAGGGUUAUCUAUCGAAGACCUUAAGAAAUUUCCACAUCUACGAGGAAAACUUACGAUUAAGAACCUGCAUCAUAUCAUUGAUGCCAAGGAGGCACAUGAUGCCAACUUGAAAAACAAAGAGCAAAUUGAAGAGUUAGAACUGCUUUGGGGAAAACAUAGUGAAGACUCGCAAAAAGUGAAAAUUAUGCUUGAUAUGUUGCAACCUUCAAUGAACCUGAAGAGCCUUAAAAUUGAUUUGUAUGGUGGGACAAGCUUUCCAAGUUGGUUGGGAGAUUCUUCGUUUUCUAACAUGGUGUCCCUUUGCAUAAGUAAUUGUGAAUAUUGUGUGACACUUCCACCGUUGGGGCAGCUAGCUUCUCUCAAGGACCUAGAAAUAUAUGGUAUGAAGAUGCUGGAGACAAUUGGCCCAGAGUUCUACAAUGUCCAAGUAGGAGAAAGUUCCAUUUCUUCCUUCCAACCAUUUCCAUCCCUUGAGCUUAUGAAAUUUCACGACAUGCCAAAUUGGAAGGAAUGGCUUUCUUUUGAAGGAAGCAAUUCUGCUUUUCCUCGUCUUAAAACUCUCGAGUUACACAAGUGUCCCGAACUUAGGCGACAUUUUCCUAUUCACCUCUAUUCCAUAGAAGAAAUUGAAAUAGAAGAUUGCGGUCAUCUAUUGGAAACACCGCCUACUAUGCAUUGGCUAAUGUCAAUUAAAGAAAUAAAAAUUAGGGGAGAUUUAGAUUUUGAGGGGUCUAGUGAAAGAAUCCAAUGGCCGUUGCUUGAAAGUGGUUCUCCGUGCUUGCUGCAGAGUGUUGCGAUUGAUAGUUGUUUGGCGCUUUUGUCUCUGCCAAAGAUGAUUAUGAGCAGCAGCUGUCUUCAAUACUUGCAUCUCUAUCAAAUUCCGUCUCUCAUUUCAUUUCCGAUGGAUGGUCUACCAACAUCACUACAGUCAAUUAGUAUUCAUUAUUGUGCCAAGUUAGCAUUCAUGCCUCCUGAAACAUGGAGCAAUUACACGUCCCUUGUGAGUUUGACAAUAUUGAGUAGCUGUGAUGCACUUACAUCCUUCCAACUUGAUGGUUUCCCUGCGCUCCAAAUGCUUCACAUUGGUUAUUGUACUAGUCUAGAUUCAAUUUUUGUUUCAGAAAGUCCUUCAUGUUAUCCAACAAGACUCCAAUCACUUGAAAUCAGAUCGCAUGAUUCAAUUGGAUUGUUUAAAGUCAAGCUUAAGAUGGACAUGCUCACUGCUCUUGAACAUUUGGUUUUGGAAUGCGGAGAGUUGUCAUUUUUUGAAGGAGUUUCUCUACCUCCCAAUUUGCAAUCAAUUGAUAUUCAGUUCCUAAAAACAACUCCGCCUGUAAGGGAAUGGAGUCUUCAAGGCCUCACUGCUCUUUCAAGUUUUAGUAUUGGAGGUUGUGUUGAUAUUGUUAACACCUUGUUAAAGGAGCCGCUGUUACCCAUCUCCGUUGUGUCUCUGACUAUCGGUUAUCUCUAUAAAAUGAAGUCCUUUAAAGGAAAUGGGCUUCAGCACCUCUCCUCUCUCGAAAAUCUCCACUUUCGUAACUGUCAACAGCUUGAGUCGUUUCCAGAAAACUACCUCCCUUCCUCGCUGAAAUCGCUUCAGUUUUGAUUUUGUCCAAGACUUGAGUCAUUACCAGAAGAAAGCCUCCCCGAUUCUCUCAAGCUACUGGUCAUUUCGAGAUGCCCUGCAUUAGAAGAAAGGUAUAAAAGGAAGGAACAUUGGUCCAAAAUUGCUCACAUCCCUGUCAUAGAAAUAGAUGGACAUGUCACAAUAUGAAGGUUGUAUGUUUCAAAGCCGAUGUAGCACACACAGAUUAGGUUCUGCUAUAGGAGAGGUUGUUCACAAAGAUAACAUUGUUUUAGAUUGAAACAAGAAUAUUCUUUUGUAAACACAUUGUUAAGUACAUCAUCAUUAUUAUAUCCUUUAUUUUAUUUUA